AUGGGCAUUCUCAUGAAGAGCUCGUCUGAGGCUCCCGAAGAGGCUGAGCGGAGCUCAAUCAAUCACGUACAUCCCGCACAAACGUACACUCUGUGGUACAAUCUUAAACAGAAUACUGGCCCGUGGUCCGACAGUCUGCUCGAAAUAGCCACGGGGACAGCGAUCGAGAUUCUGGAAGAAUUGAAUGCCUUUGGAUUACCCUCGAGUCCCGGACAACCUAGGGGUGACUUGUGCAUCUUCAGAUCACACAUCGUGCCAAUGUGGGAAGAUCCACUCCAAAUUCGAGGAGGCCGAUGGACCGUCGAUUUGAAAAAACCUCAAGUCGACAUAGCGUGGUACCGCAGCGUCAUGGCCUGGUUCCGCGCCAAAGAGAGCGAAUGGAGCGCGGUCACCGGCAUAUACCUAAUGAUUCGAGGAAGAGCGAGGAUCGCCUUAUGGUUUGCCGACGGCGCCGACACGUCAGAUAUCAAGAAUAUACGCAAUUAUUGGAGUGAAGUCAUUGGAUCGGAUUUGACAUCCAACGCAUCUUGUAAUAUGCAUCAACCGGCUGCUUAA